CUCCUUCUCUCUCUCAUCUCAUAUUCCAGCAAAUUAGAGUUUGCACCUGUCGGAUCUCUCUCUCUCUCUCUCUUGACUGUUCUGUCCAUCUCCUUCCUAUUUCGGUUCAAACCCAUCUCCUCUUCUUAAUUCUCCACUCCUUUCCAUUUCCAUUCCUCUAUCUCUCUCUCUCUGAUGGAGGUAGAGGAGAGAGUGGGAGAGACAGAACCCUAACUGUCAUUCCCAAUCCUCUCAUUUCCAACAACAUUACCUGUUUACCGUUUCUCUGAGGUUUUUUUUAACUUAAUCCUCAUCAUGUCCUACCAACACUACCGAUCGCCGUUCGGAGAUACAACGUUUACUAAAGUCUUCGUCGGAGGUCUAGCCUGGGAAACACCGACAGAUGUCAUGCGUCACUAUUUCGAUCAGUUUGGAGAAAUCCUUGAAGCUGUUAUUAUCAAUGACAAGAACACUGGAAAGUCUAAAGGCUACGGAUUCGUCACAUUUCGCGAUCCAGAAUCGGCAAAAAGGGCUUGUAUAGAAGCAAACCCAGUUAUUGAUGGGAGGAGAGCAAAUUGCAAUAUUGCUUCUUUGGGUCGACCCCGACCGUCCCCACCUCGUGGUCGAGGUGGUGGUGCACCGGCGGCGCAAGGUUCUCCUUACGGCGGGGGAAUGCCCCCAACACCCCCUCCUCCACCGGCUGUCUUUUAUCCACCAUAUGGAUAUGCGGCUUACCCACAGGAAUAUGGCUAUCAUCAAGGUUAUUAUAACCCAGCUCAAGCACAACUACAACAGCAGCCACAGCAAUACUAUCAUCAUCAACAUCAGCAACAACAGUUCUACGGAUCGCCAUCUUCAUCAGGCAUGGGUAUGGGGCCAACUUACUACUAUGGUUACUCCAUGCAGAUGCAGCAGCCUCCCAAUCCAAGGCAACCAGUACAACGUAUCCCUUCUCCAUCUUACCUAUACUAUCCACCGCAGAUGGACUCUUCCUUUUCCAGCCCCACCGCCACCGCCACCGCCGCAACCACAACCACCGCCACAUAUCUUACUCUUCCACACCCACCUGAUCAUGUAAUCCCCAUCACCACCACCUUACACCAAACCUCUCCGCCAACAGUAACAAGGAAACUGUUUCCCUCUCCUUCGGAUUCACAGUCACAUCAAUCAGCCCAACCAAGUAAUAGUACAUCAGAAACAGAUAAUGGUGGCAUGAUGAUCACUACUUCAGAAAGUCCAAGUACCUAACUUCAAAUCCUCCAAAACUCAAUACAUUAUUGCUCUGCUUGGUCCAGGAGAAGGAAAACACCAGUCAACUGUACAAUCUUGACGAAACUUACAAAUUUGCUCGAAUCCUUCCCCUUUUAUAUAUUUCUCAACUGCCAAAUUCAUGAACAAAAUUUAAUAAUUCUUUCACUUUUAAUAUUCUUAUUUAUUUUUUUAAUUUUGGAUCCAAAUCCAUGGAUGAUUAAAAAUGUUGUGCUAACAAUUUUCAGUAAUUUGUGUCUUCUUCUUCUUCUUUACACU